AUGCGAAGUUGGGGUUGUCCACAUGACAACCUUGUCGCUAUUUUUGACGGUCAUUUACAGCCCACGUGCCGACCCGGGGGUGAUGCUAACUGGAAGUUGACCCUACAUGACAGGCAGACGUUUGCCGGAAAGGAGAGGCUGCACGGGUUGAAGUAUCAGGCUUGUGUAUUCCCGAAUGGGAUAUGCUGCGUGUGGGGGCCUUGGAGGGGUUGUGAACACGAUGCAACAAUGUUUCGGCGGUCUGACGUUCUUGAAACCUUGCGCGAGGUGUCAGAGGAGCAGGGGGUGGACUUCUGCUGUUUUGGGGAUUCGGCGUAUCCCCUUAGCCGCUUCAUGCAGCACAUCUUGAAGGCUCCAGCGGAAGGGGAGCUCACGCGCCUGGAGAGGAGGUAUAACGCCCUUAUGGGCCGCUUUCGCAUUGUCAUUGAGAAUUGCUUUGGAGAGGCAACUCAAUACUUCGGCAUGCUGCAACACCGACACAAUCUGCGUUUGGGGAGCCAGCAGGUUGGGAAGCUCUUUCCUCUUGCGAUGUUCAUUUUCAACAUCCACACUCUGUUUUAUGGGAACCAGACAACAGCAUACUUCGAAGGGGAGCACAUGGUACUGGAUGUGUCUGUGGAGGAUUACCUGUCGUUGGCAGAUGAGUUUCAAUAA